AAAGAAGUGAGGCGUCCCAGUUGCUGCUCAUAUAAAACCGACUCACUCUAGAGCGAAGAUACCGGAGAAUGAGAGGGAUACUAAAGAACCAUCAUCGAACCACACAUUGGACCUGCCAGUCCUUUAGUUUUUAUUUCAAUUUUCUUGUUUCUCCAGGUGUGUUAUAGUAUCAGUUAAGAUGGCCACGUCAGCCAGCGCCAGCUUGAGUAAAACCAUCAAGCAGCAGUACAUGGAACUCCCCCAGGGGGAUAAAGUCCAGGCCAUGUACAUUUGGGUUGAUGGAACAGGAGAGGGGCUCCGCUGCAAAACAAGAACUCUUGAUUUUGAGCCCAAAAGCAUUAAAGAACUCCCUGAGUGGAACUUCGAUGGCUCCAGCACCUACCAGGCAGAGGGCUCCAAUAGCGACAUGUAUUUGAUUCCUGCUGCCAUGUUUCGAGAUCCAUUCCGUAAAGACCCCAACAAGCUGGUCCUGUGUGAAGUUCAGAAGUACAACCGCAAACCUGCCGAAACCAACCUUCGCAUCAAAUGUAGCAAGGUGAUGGAGAUGGUGGCGGACCAGCAUCCCUGGUUUGGUAUGGAGCAGGAGUACACCAUCCUGGGCACAGAUGGACACCCAUUCGGCUGGCCAUCUAAUGGGUUUCCCGGACCACAAGGUCCAUACUACUGUGGAGUUGGAGCUGACAAUGCCUAUGGCAGAGACAUCGUAGAGGCUCAUUACAGAGCAUGUUUGUAUGCUGGAGUCAACAUUUGUGGAACAAAUGCAGAAGUGAUGCCUGCCCAGUGGGAGUUUCAGAUUGGACUGUGUGAAGGGAUUGACAUGGGUGAUCAUCUGUGGGUGGCUCGCUUCAUCUUGCACCGUGUCUGUGAAGAUUUUGGUGUUGUGGCCUCAUUUGACCCCAAGCCCAUCCCAGGAAACUGGAACGGUGCAGGCUGCCAUACGAACUUUAGCACAAAAGAGAUGAGGGAAGAAGAUGGACUGAAAGCUAUUGAAGAUGCCAUUGAGAAGCUUGGAAAGAGACACGAGUAUCAUAUACGUGCCUACGAUCCCAAGGGGGGUCUCGACAACGCCCGUCGCCUCACCGGCCGUCACGAAACGUCAAACAUUCACGAAUUUUCUGCAGGCGUGGCCAACCGCGGCGCCAGCAUUCGCAUUCCUCGCAGUGUGGGCCAGGAGAAGAGGGGUUACUUCGAAGACCGACGCCCGUCAGCCAACUGCGACCCGUAUAGCGUUACCGAGGCUCUGAUCCGUACUUGUCUGCUCAACGAGGAGGGUGAAGAACCAACGGAUUACUAAACAGCUCUCAGAGUGACUCUUACUGCCCUCCCAAUUUUCUUUAAAAUAUACUAGUACUGUAUUUUUUUUCUCCCACUAAGAUGAUUUUUAACUUACAAUGCUAAUGGAUUAAAGUUGGCUGGUCAACUUGAAACAUGGUAAUGAGAUACUUGGUAGUUAUGAGCCGGUUGACGUCAGGGUAUGCCUUUCCUUGUAUUGUUAAACAGGGAUUGGCUUUUGUAACACUGUUCUUAGCCCGUGCCAUAUCAUUCCCUCUUUGUCUGUCUGGAACUAAAACAACCUAAAGCACAAGGACACUGCAGAGUAGGGCUGCUAAGGCUGGACAACAUGUGUAAAAGUAAUAAAUAUAACUAGUCCUUCUACUGUUAAUAUGUGUUGACCUGACUAUCCAAUUCUCAAUGUUACUAAUGUUCACAUUUUAUGAAGUGUCUGUUUUUUUAAUGAUGUUUAAUGUACUCAAAUUCCGGCACAUUUUGGUCAACUUGUAUGGUACACUUGUAGAUGUCCCAGACAUGAGUUGUUAUAAAGUGGUGGAUCUUUCCAUAAUGCCAUUUGUAGAGAUUCCUCAAGGAGUUUUAUCCUUUUGUUAACUGCGAUAUAUUGUAAUGCACCUGAUUUGGUAAAAUAUCAAGUUUACUGAACCUGGUGAUUUUUAUUGAUACAUUUAAAACAUUUAUUUUUAUCACAAA